AUGCUGAGUUCCAUCAAGUGUGUGUUGGUAGGAGACACUGCUGUGGGGAAAACCUCCCUGUUGGUGCGCUUCACCUCGGAGACCUUCCCAGAGGCCUACAAGCCCACAGUGUAUGAGAACACGGGCGUGGACGUCUUCAUGGACGGCAUCCAGAUCAGCCUGGGUCUCUGGGACACCGCCGGCAAUGACGCCUUCAGGAGCAUCCGUCCCCUGUCCUACCAGCAGGCCGACGUGGUACUGAUGUGCUACUCUGUGGCCAACCACAACUCUUUCCUGAACCUGAAGAACAAGUGGAUUGGUGAAAUCAGAAGCUACCUGCCCUGUACCCCCGUUCUGGUGGUGGCCACCCAGACGGACCAGAGGGAGAUGGGGUCUCACAGGGCCUCCUGCAUCAGUGCCAUAGAAGGGAAGAAACUGGCCCAGGAGGUGAGAGCAAAGGGCUACUUGGAGUGCUCAGCCCUCAGCAAUCGGGGGGUGCAGCAGGUAUUCGAGUGUGCUGUCCGAACUGCCGUCAACCAAGCCAGGAGACGCAACAGAAGGAAGCUCUUCUCCAUUAAUGAGUGCAAGAUCCUCUAACGUCCAAAAGACAUCAACCAACACUCAUUUACUCACCUCAAAGACUAACGGGGACAGGGAGAGCAGCAGGCAAGCCAGCAAGGGCUGAUGCUCUUUCUGGUACAUCCUGAGCAGCGUUCCCUUUUGGAUAUAGUUUGUUGGUGGCACUCGGCCCCUGGAUUUUUUUUA